CGUCAACAUAUCUUCAUCCAGCAUGCUUCGCUGAGCCUGCCCCAUCUGCCAUGUCCAUACGCGAGGAGCACGAGGCCCAAGAGGUGCCGGCGCACUCCUCUGAGCGCAGCUUCUCAUUUUUCAGCUGCCUCGGGCUGGCCUUCACGACUCUCAACUCGUGGUGCGCCGUGGCCGCGUCGCUCCCGCUCGUCCUACCCUCCGGCGGCUCCGUGUCGAUGGUAUGGGGCCUCGUUGUCUCGACUUUUGGGACGAUGGCCAUGGCGCUGAGCCUCGCGGAGAUCUGUCAUGUCUUCCCGACUAGUGGCGGGCAAUACGACUGGGCAUAUAUCCUCGCUCCGCCCGCCCUCCGCCGUCCACUCUCCUUCGUGACGGCAUGGAACGUCACUGCCGGCUGGGUCGCCCUCGGCGCAACAGCAGCUACGGUGGGCGCACGCUUCAUCCUCGGCAUUGUCGCGCUAUGGAACGGCACGCCCCCACGGGCAUGGCAUGUUUUCCUUAUCACGCUUGCCUUCGUUUUGCAUGCCGCCGUGCUCAAUGUUUUUGGCGCGCGCUUGCUGCCGCUCAUCAACCGCGUGUCCGGGGUGUGGUCGAUGCUCGGAAUCGUUGUUGUCGUUGUUACCGUCCUGGCGUGCAGCGGAGAGUACCAACCAGCGCAAGAUGUAUUUGCACGGUGGACGAAUGAGACUGGCUGGCCGGACGGGAUGGCGUUUAUCCUCGGCCUAUUGCAGUCCACCUUUGGGCUCACCGCUUUCGACAGCGUCGCGUUCAUGGUCGACCACAUGCCGCGGCCUAGCAUUAACGCGCCCAAGACAAUUGUGAUUGCCGUCGGACUUGGCGCGAUCACAAGCUGGGUCUACCUCGUUGCUUUGCUCUUCUGCCUGAAGGACUUGCGCUUGGUCAUGGAGUCUCCGAGCGGACCGCUGCUGCAAGUGUAUUUUCAGGCGACGAAUUCAAGAGCUGGAGUCCCGGUGGCCGCCAUCCUCACCGCGACCGGCGCGGUCUUAUCAAUCGCGGCGAUUAACCUCGGUUCCAGCAUCGCCCUCAAUGCCGUCCUCUGCGCCACGGUCGUGUUGCUGCAAGUUUCCUACACUGUACCCAUCGCGCUAUUGUUCGUUCGCGGCGGUGCAGCUCUUGGCGACACUGAGCGGUGCUGGAGCAUGGGACGCUGGCGACGCCCCGUUAACUGCGUGGCGCUCAUAUUCCUCGUCGUCACUACCGUCACAUUCAUGUUCCCGCCCAAGAUCCCUGUGAAAGGCGGGGACAGCAUGAACUGGGUCGUGGUCGUCACCGGCGUCGUGUGGCUUGCCUGUGGUCUGACUUGGGUGGUCGACGGUCGGCGACGCUUCGAGGGGCCGAGUGAGCUGGCCGUGCGCCUCGCGGCAGCCAAGGCGGCGUAG